AUGAAUGAAAUUACAAAAGGAAGUAAUUCGAUCAAUCAAAUGUUUUUCUCAAAUUAUAAGGAGGACCUGAAGGAAUCAUUAAGUUCAUUAUUAAGCGAUUCUAAGUCAUAUAAAUCAGAAGCUACAUUGUUAAAGAAACAAAUUGAAAAUAUUAAAAAUUCUUUAAGUGGAAUUGCUAAAAAAAUUUCUGAAUAUAAUGAGAAAAUUACCGAGAAACGAAAAGUCUUAUCCAAUCACAUUGAUACGGUAGAUAAAAUAACAGAUGAUGCAAAAUCAUAUGCGACAAGAGGUAAAAUAGUAGCUGAAAUUGGGGUUAUUACUGCAGCUAUAGCAGCUCCGUUCACAGGAGGAACAUUCUUAGUAGCGAUUCCUGUCGCAGAAGUUGUCGUUGGGCUUAGUUGUCUUGCCUUUGUUGCCUUUGUUAAAGGAACUGAACGUUCUACCACAGUUGUUGAAACUUCAUCUAAUAUUAGUAUCAUUCUAAAUUACCAAUUAGAAAGCGUUAGAGAAAUACCUACGAGUGAUGUAUAA